UCACUGACCCAAGCGGACGGUUUGUAUCCCGUCCGCGUUGAGCGCCAUUCGAACGUAUUCCGUGCUGUGAAAGUGCUGUGGUGUAGCAACAGUCACUCUAAAAGUGUUAUUGUAAGUGCUGAAAACUUGUGUUGUGCACGCCAAGGUUUUUAAGACGAGUAAAUAACUUGUUCUAAGUGACAAAAUAACUGUAAUAAGAACAAUAAACAAUAAAAUGUGAAAAAAGCUGUCAAGCAUGGACGAGAAAACGCGGAAAAGUGUGACAAAGAAGGGACGAUAUGGGAUGAGAGAGAGUGAGUGAAGUAGAAAGAACAAUGACGACGAAAAUGUUGCUGUCGCUUUUGUUGCAUUGCUUCUACGUCACAACGGCGUCGAGCCCCGGCGGAGGUGCAGGUGCUGGUGCAAGUGUAGGUGUGGGUAUGGGUGCACUCGGGGGGGAGCGGCCUUACUUCGAUGACGUAUCGCCGCGGAACGUGACCGCCGUGGUAGGCCAAGCUGCCGUUCUGCGCUGCCGAGCCAAGCAUAUUGGAAACCGAACCGUGUCAUGGAUGCGAAAGCGUGACCUGCACAUCCUGACGUCACACAUCUUCACGUACACGGGAGACGCGCGGUUCAGCGUGCUACACCCCGAGCCCUCCGACGACUGGGACCUCAAGGUGGACUACGUGCAGCCGCGUGAUGCGGGCGUCUACGAGUGUCAGAUCAACACCGAGCCUAAGAUUAACAUGGCAGUCGUGCUCACUGUCGAAGAUGAGUCCUUCACUCCCGCGCCCGCCGCACCCCGACCCUCAGCUGCUGCAGCAACUAUCUGGGGCUCCCAAGACGUGUACGUGAAGAAAGGCAGCACGAUAUCGUUGACGUGUUCUGUCAACGUGCACUCUUCGCCUCCGUCCAGCGCUUCUGUUCUCUGGUACCACGGCACUUCGGUGGUAGACUUCGACUCCCCGCGGGGUGGCAUCAGCCUGGAGACGGAGAAGACGGAGGGUGGUACCACCAGCAAGUUGCUGGUUACUAAGGCGGCGCUCACUGAUUCCGGGAAUUACACGUGCGUUCCCAGCAACGCGCACCCGGCGUCCGUGGCCGUGCACGUGCUCAAUGGUGAGCACCCGGCCGCCAUGCAAACUAGUAACCGCGCCUCAUCCUACCUCACCUCGCCACUGGGCUGCGCGCUGCUCACCUACCUGCUAUCCUCGGUGGCCUGCAGGUGAUCACCUACGACGUCAACACUCCCAGCAGCUGGAAAUUUUGCCGUUGACCACUCCCUACUAAUCAAAAUUGUUAACCUAAUUCCCCAGCCAUCCUUAUUUAAAUCAACAUUUGCGACAUAGAAACGCUUAUAAUAUUCUCAAAGAUCUUUUAUUGUAAACGAACAUAAUAUUUAUAAGUUAACCGUGAAUUUUUUGGGUACUAACUCAUCUAUGAUUGAUUGUGGUACUGUUAAUGUACGUGGGCUAAGCGAUGCAUCUCGAUUUAUAUUCAUCGUUAUAUUGGCAGGAGACUGAGGAGUAUACUCCUCAAUAUUCCACCAAUAUAAUAUUAUGUCCUCAUGAACCAUCAAUGCUUUCAACAGGUUAUGGAGUUGUAAAUGAGUUUCUCUUAUUUACGAGAGCCACUACUAUGGUUAUAAACAGAUGUUACAUUUGAAUAUAAAGCUCAAUAUCAGCUUAUAUAAAGCACAUUCAUUGUCAAAUGUCAUAUUAAUUAUAAAUAUCUCAUACAUAAUAUAAUUAUUAAUGACUGUAUCUUAAAUUUUGCAUCAUUUUGUAUAUUUUAAUUGUGUUAUUUUUAUGACGCUGGUAUUAAAGGAAGUAUUGUUACUUAAUGGUUGUAAAUAAUAUUUUAACUGAAUGAUUGUUUAUAAAAACGAACUAUUUAAUAUAAAUUAGUAUAAAUAAAAGUUGAUAAGUUAUAUUAAUAAGUUAGGUAUAAUAAAAUAGAAAUAUUUCGUAUUGUAUUACUAAAGUAUAGAUAAACUUAUGAAUUAUGAUAUAGAGGCGUCCGACUACGUCAUUUAGAAAAAAAAUGCAGGUUUGGUACCCGCUGUUUCCUUUGAAUCAUGAAUACGGGGAUAGGAUGAAUGGGUUACAUAGUCGGAACAGAAGAUGAAAAUAAUAAAUUUCAGGAUAACAGGAUGGUAAGUAAACCAGCUCACUGUUAUAAAGCUCAAAAUGUCGAAUAAGUAUUACUUUUUCACCAAAAAACUGAUAACUAAAACCUAAAAAAGUAAUACGGUCAUAUAUUAUGAAUAAUUUGGCUGCUUCCAUUAAAUAUAAAACUUGACAGUGUUUGUAAGUCACUAUAACACACACUUAUUCAAAAUGUUUGAGGGCAUCAUAUAAGGAAUGACUUAUUCGAUUCUCAUGCCCUAAUAGUCCAUUGAAAUAUUACAAUUUAAGGACCGAAUAUUGCAUUAAUUAGAGAACGCAAUUUUUUUUUUGGGAAAUAUGUGGGGGGUCAAUAGGAUCUUAACCCCAAGUUUGUGAGUUGCAGCCCUUGUACCCCGGCCGCCAUCUUGGAAAAAGGGAUGUAAACACCUUUUUCGCGAUAUCUCGGAAAGUCUGCGUCCUACAUAAAAUUCGUAAAGACAAUUUGUAGCAAAUCGCUUUGCUUACAAAUAUGUUCAAUAAAUGUUGCCCUUAACUUAAAAUUAAAGAAGCCACUAACUUGGCGUUAAGCUUCUAUUUUUUGUUUUGUUUUGUAAAGUUUUGGGACACAUGUCCCAAAACUAAAAUUGCGUCCUCUGAAAAAUGCAAAGGUCAUGUAACAUUUCAAAGGACUAUGAAUAAUAAUAACAGUCUAAUACUAAUUAAAUUAUAUAAACAACAAACAUUCCAAUUAUUGUUAAGUUAGAUCCCAAAUAUUUCAAAGUCAUUUUCAAAUAACAGCGAUGAAGGCAAUGCGGAUAUGAUUUUCUAUUGAAAUAAAAUAUCAAAUAAAACUAAAAUUAAAAUGUUUUGGUCACGACUACUAUUAUUUUACAAAAAAAAUAAAUGAGAACAAGCUAUUAAAUAGGAAUGGAUUGAAAUGUUGAGGGUCAGUAUAACUAACUAUCUCACACACUCACUCGGGAUAUACAACAAGAAUAUAAAGGCAUAAAAAGACAUUUUAUUCUCAAAAGUUCUUUAGAAUAAUUAUUUUUUUAUGUCAGUUCAAACACUACGACCACUUCGGAAACAAAUAGCGCUCUGAGAAAGAAGAAACGGUGCAAGAAACUCUCCCAGCAUUCUUUUUUGUUUUUAUUGACAAUAUUGUACUGUCAGGGUUAUUGCUAUAAAAUCAUCAUAAUCUACUCCCAGGCUGUCCGACCGCUUAGAUAUUCAGCUGUGGAGUAGUAGGAUUUACGACAGAGCCAUUUUAUAAUAAAACAGUUAAAUUUAUUUAUAUAUAAUGCCUGAACAGGGACUGGGGCUUUAUUAAAAAAGUGUAUACAUUAAAACCUUAAAGCUAGUUACUAUGUAACUUAUGAAGCCUACUAGAAUUAGUUACAAGCAAUCCCUUUUUCUUGUGUUUUAAUUAUGAAAAUCACAAUAUAGACGCCAAAAGGUGACGAUUUCUGAGAACGUACAUUAUAUGUUCAUAAAUGUACUGACUAUGAACAGUCACAAUAUUUAUUUCUUUAAAUUUUUCUUUGAGUGGUUGUCAAUAACCAAGCUGAUAUAUAGCACGAACAGCUCUCUUGCAAAGCAAACACUAUAUCAAUGUCAGCAGCAUGACCCCACAGUUAAAUACUACUUCAUUAUAUUAUGUAUGUAAAAGAUUAUAUUUUCUAGUCCAUACCCUCUGUAUAUGUAAUGUUAAAUAAGUAAAUAGUUUGUUAAAUAUAUGAGGUAGUAAGACCGCGACGUUUUAACUUAAAAUAAAGAUGACAAGGAAGCGGAGAAGAGGAGGAAAAACGCUUACAGUUACACUGCUAAUGUAAACCUUAUAGUCUAAACACAUAGUCGGAUUUGGUCCGCCCGAAUUAUCGGCAUGAUCUGGUACCGGACCGUAAUCGAUUUUAUGUCACAUUGUCCAUGGCACAUAAUUGGGCAAAAAAAAGGAUAAUCAAUUUUGUGCGACGGACCACGCGACGUACUAUCUAAUAUGGUCCGAUACAAGACCGUGUCCAAUGGUUCGCUUAUACCAAAUCCGAUCAUGUGUUUAUAGUUUUACUGUCCACUUUGUAAAUAUAACAGUGAAACAGUUGUGAUGUACAUAUUUCUAAAGUUGGUGUAUAUAUUGUUCAUUAGAAUUAUCAUAGGCGAGUCUCCCGACGCGGGCGACGCCGCCGUGUUUCCAGAGUCAGAUUAUGAAAUGGUUACUUUGUUCUUAGAACAAACUCUUGUCUAUAAUACGUAUAGGUAAGACCUUGUUUCGUUUAAAAUAAAGUGAAUUUGAAUAUUAAA